CUGUGUGCCUCCCUGGGAGAAGGGGCUGGGCAGGUCACGUCCUGGGAGCAGCUGGGACAGGCUCUCCUUUGUCCCCUUUGGGUGGGGGGCCCCUGCAGGUCUGCCCGCCCGGGUAGGUAACUUUCCUAAGCAAUGCAGACACCAGGCCCCACUUCCUAACAUGCCUUCCACAGUGUGUUGCCAAGGGGUAACUGUGAGGCCCCUCGGGUGUGUGCUGAAGGGAAAUGUGACCAGGAAGCGAUUUUCUCACAUUUGCAUGGAUAAGUUUUUGCUGAUUUAUAAUCAGCAGUUUUGCUCUGAAGCACUUAUAACUGCGCACAUCUCUGGGUUGAAAGAUGCAUGACCUGGGAGGCUUAGCGUGUUCUCACUGCGAGUGCUGUGUGAGGACAAAGGCCUUGCUCGGGCUCUGGACACAACCAGCGGAUUCUCUUAGAAGGGUGCAGACAUGUGGCCAGAGGCUGUGGGUUGCCGGGAGGCCGUGGGCCGGGGAGAGAUGCUGGUUGUUCGUACAGGGCGGAGGAGAGUAGCGGGCAGCUGCUCCCCCAUGUUCAUGAGAGAAGAUUGCAGAGCAGCCCCUGGGUGACAUGGAUGAGGGGUUCUGUGGUGGGGCUCAGUCACUGACCCAUGGCUCAGCCCCUCCCCGGGUGGCCCGGGUUGGGGAGCACUUGCCUUGACAUUGCUCUUGAGGCACAGGCACCUUUGCCUGGAGAGCGCAGGCCCUGCUGGGUCCACCUCUGACGUGCUGGGAGCCCACGGACGCCACCAGCCCAGAGUGGGCGGCAGACCACCCGUGUGGCCUGGGUCUCCCUCAUAGACUGUGUGGGUAGGGAGACGCCUCCUCUUCUUCUCACCCCGAGGAGGGCCAGGCCUGAGAAGCAGUGCGGGGAGGCUCACAGGGUCUUCAUGGAGACUGAGGUGUCUCCUUCGAUCUCCUGGAGGAGGCGAGGGGGAUCCUGCCUGUUACAUUGAAGACGGGGUCCUGAAGCUUUGGAGACCUUGAAGACCAGCCAGUUCCUACACAGACAUAGAAACCAGGGCCCUGGCAGAAACAGUGACUCAGCCAUGGUCGCAGGGGUGGCUGGCACCCUUCUGUGCCCUGAGAUGGACGUGGCUUCUCCCCCACACCCCUCUGAGCUCGCUGUCAGGGAGGCCUUCUGCAGAGCCCUCGGAAAGUUCCAUUGCGUCUGGACCAUCCAGUGUGAAUGUCAUCUUCUCCUUCGGAAGGAGUCAUCUUUUCCUUCUUCUCCUUCGUUUGCUCUGAAGUGCUGAGACCGCUUUCCUCCCUGGGAAAAGAACAGACCCUGGGUUUCCUGUAGCUGACGCUUCUUCAGUCCGGCUCAGGGCACACUGGCCUCUGGAGGCUGCCCUUGUUCUGCGGUGUGGGCUGGAGGGAUGACCAGCUGGGCACUGCCAGGCAGGGGUAUGGCGGCCCAGCUCCAGGAGAACCUUUUAUGGCAAGCGGCCACGACUGCCCCCAGCAGAAGACCCCCUCAGCCCAGGAGGGCUGAGCGGCAGGAGGAGCCUGGGACGUCCCACACCUGGGACCUGCGGGGGCCGGUGUCUGUGACGGAGCUUGGGGCUUAGGUCCAGCUCCCCUCGUUCUGCCGGCAACCAGGUUCCCAGAAGAGGCAGCACCUACUGACCGCUGAGGAAGGCCCCCGUGGAGGGGUGCACAGGCCCUUGGCCUGUUCUGGCUGCCCUCCCCCCCCCCCCGCCCCCCCGCAGCUGGGCCCUGCCCUGCCCACCAGACACCCCACCGCUGCCUCAGCUGAGCGUAUCUUGCUGGGGCUGAUGGCUUAGUCCAAGACCCACUGGGUGGGAAGAGAGCCCGCAGCUGCUGGGCUCCAGGGUCAGGUUAAUUGAAGAAGCAAUUGGAUAGGAGGUGGGGAGAGGGAGGGGGUAGGGCUGGGAUCCUGGGGCCUCCCUCCCGCUCCCUCCCUCCUUUGCUCAGAGGAGCCAACUUCAAAAGCCUUGUCUGCCUGCCGCCAGCCCGCCCUGCCGCAGCCUGUCCUGGGAAGCCCUGCUGGCCAGGCUUGGAGCAGGAGGCCCUGGAGCGGCAGCCACACUCCCUACCUGAGGACCCAGGAUCAUGUGGCAGGCCCACCGCCGGGAGUGAGGGAGGGCCUCGCCCUGAGAGGCCCAUGGUGAGCCACGCUGGGCAGCUGAGGGACUCACCCACGGCCCACGGCCGCGCUGCGGAGGGUUAGGGAGUGAGUGCAGCCUGAGGGAGGCUCUGUGACCUUCUGUGCCCUACUGGGAAAUCCCCCUUGGUUCCGGUCACCUCGGCCUGCCAGACCUGGACCUGGGUGCUCUUGCCUGUUGUUCCCAGCAGGGGCAGGGGAUGUGGGGAAGGAUGGAGUCUCCUGGCCCCCCAGGUCAGCCUCCUGGUGCCAGGGCUGCCCUGUCCUUCCUGGCUGGGCUGGGAGGUGGCCAGCCUGCCCCACGUGGCUCUCCAUUCAGCACCCACAGCUCUGGCUUUGGCUGGACCUCUGACCUGCUGGGCAUGUCUGAGGGCAGCUUGGAGGAGGGGCCCCAACAGAUCGGGUCUGCUUCUCCUGCCAGUGCCGCCCCCCGGGGCUCUGUGCGGAUGGGGUGCUGCUCAGUCAGGCUCACCCCUGGGCCAGGAAGCGGAGUCGAGUUCUGCGUCUCGCUGGCUUCACAGGAUUAAUUUUCCAGUGGCUGUUGGACUCUUGCCUGGGGGCCUAAGGGUGGGUGUGUGGCCCCGGGUUUGGGAACUAGCUGCUCUCUGUGUUUGGUGCUUGGGGUUCUGGGUGGGGGUGGGCUUCUCCCCGAGCCAGGCCCUUCUGGACGGGGAGGCCUGGAGAAGGAGUGAUGGGGCCACAAUGCGGCCCCUUCCUCCCUUGCCUCUGGGGGUUUCCCCAAGCCUUCCCCUCCCAAAGGGGUGUGGCCUUGAGCGAUGAGCCCUCAGCCCUGUCCUGGUUGGGCUGCAGGUGCAGGGGUACCCCGUUUCCCAUGGCUGUGAGAGCUGGUUGUGACAGCUCUCUUGGUGAGGAGUGGGAGUAGGUCAGUUCUGCCCCUGCUCUGGGGACCCACAAGUGAGCCGUGUUCUGGGGAGCAGGGGCUGCUCAUCUGGAGGAGAGCCUGGCUCUGCUGGGGGUUGUGUUGGGAAGUGUGGGGAUGAGUUCAGGCAUGGCCCAGGGAGAGGCUGUCCCUAAACCGAGGUCAGCCCUGCCCCGCAGCCUUCCAGGCUCUCGGCCCCGUGCUCCUGCCUAUGGAGCCCCUGUCCCCUCCUGGCUCAGUGGGCCUGCCUUCCCAGCCCCCCACCCCGUGCCCAUAUCAUCCACCCCACAGAUCUCUGCAUGAGGGCUGAGCUGUCUGGUUUGCAGGCCCACUGUCUGUCUGUCCUGCUAGAUCCAUGCCUAGGCCUGAAUGGCACAGCGACAGCUCCAUUGUGUACCAGCUCCGAGACCCCCCUGGAUGGUUGUCUUGGGGGACUGUCCAAAGCAAAUUGCCUGAAGGGUGGCCAGAGAGGAGGCCCCCUGCACAGGCCUGGGCACCCCACCCUGACGCCGAGUCCCUUCCAGGUGCCUCCUAAGCCUGCGCUCUGGGCAGUCCUGCUGGCUCUGCUGGGAAUGGCGCCAGGCCAGUCUGGGCUCCGCACCUGCAGCGUCCCUGAUGUGCUCCGCCACUAUCGCGCCGUCAUCUUUGAGGACCUGCAGGCAGCUGUGAGGCAGGCUGGGCCAGGGGCAGAGUGGCCUGGGCCAGGGGCAGAGUGGCCGGGGCCAGGCUCCCCACGCCUCCGUUUCAUUCACAAAAACCUGACUGGAGCUGCGGGCCCUGCAUGGCGGGGGCUGGGGGGAGCUGUCUGCAGUGCCCAGAAGGAGCACGGUAUCCUACUGUCUAUCGCGUCCCUGGGUCGGACCCUGCGCAGGGUGGUGGCCCGGGGCCGCCGCGGGGCCCUGGAGAAGGCAGCGUGGACCGUCGCCUUGCGCACCGAGGCGGUGAUGCGGCGCCACUGCGGGAUGCUGAGCCAGCGGAGCCGGCGGCCCAAGACGCGCCCUCCCCGGAGUCGCAGCGGCCGGAGGCGGCUCCUCGUGCGCGCCCUGGACGCCGUCGCCACCUGCUGGGAGAAACUCUUCGCGCUGCGGGCGGCGGCCUCCGGGGGUCCCUAGCGCGCGUCCUGCGCGGGCCCAGGAGCAGCCGGCGGGGCCACGGGGCCUGGGCUCGAGCUUCGUUUGGGGCCGAGCGCGGUCCCUCCCUCUGGUUGGCCCCGUGCGGGGUCCCGGCCCC